CUUUUCCUUAAAUACUACUAUUUCGUCAGGGCAUAUAUUAAUAAUAUUAUUAUCUUUAGCAAAACAGAGGAGGAAUACCUAGAAUACCUACGUACUAUUCACGAAAUCCUUGACAAGGCCUAUAUCUAUAUUAGCGCUACUAAAUCCUUUGUAAGAUACCUAGCUAUAAGACUCCUUAGGUAUAUCGUAAACGGAGAAGGCAUUACUAAAACCGAUAACCGUAUCGCUAUCUUUAAGGAGCUAAAGUUCCUAGACACUCUUAAUAGCUUAGAGCACUACCUUAGGAUAGCCGGAUAA